AUGAACCCAGUCAAGACGGUUCAGAACAAGCUUAGGAAUUCAGAAAACUUAUUAAAAGUAUUUUCAAAAUAGCUUGAAAUAGUCACAACUCAAUACAAAGGAAACCCCAAGGAAUGCUUUUUUGCAUUAGUAUCAAAUAAAUCCUGCCCAUAUGAACAAGCGUAAUUUUUAUUCAGAAUUUUCUUAUUCCGUCCUCGAAAAAUCUUUUCUCUCAGCGGAGGACUUGAACUUCUGAUAGUGCUUCCUCUCACAAAAGAAAUCCAAAUAAUUCAAAAAUCAGAUGGAUUUUUAUUUCGCUGGCUGACUUACGAUACAACUCUCUGAAAUAUCACUACAAAUAAUAAAAAAUUAAUCAAUACGCUUAUAAAGCAUAUAGAAGAGGUAUCAAGAUAUCAAAGAGAGCCAUUCCAUGCACUAUCCAACUCACAUAAAUGGAUGUGGUACUAUGAGUCAGCGAUUCCUAUACAAGUAAGAUCUAUCGAGUACAACACAGAAAAUAACUCCACACAAAAAAUAUCAAAUGUGCUGCUUCCAGAACAUUAUGGGAAAGACAUGAUGAAUGCUUAUAUAAAAGACCAGUUAAAGAUAAGGGAAACUGAAUAUACAGAAAUCAGGGAUAUAAAAAUGAUUAUAGGGACUUGGAAUACAGCUGGAAAAGGACCAAGCGAAGAUUUAUUUUUGUGGUUCUGCUGCCAAAAUGAUGUGUAUUUGGAGCCUGAACAAUCCCCUGACAUGAUUGUAAUUUGUUUGCAAGAAAUGUGUGAACUCAGCCCAAAAAACAUUGUAGGCGACGAUGUAAGAAUGAGGAAUUGGAUGUCUCAUAUUUGCAAUCAGAUUAAUGACUCAUUUCCAGGGAAUCAGUAUACAAUAGUAAGAGAUAUUUAGGUAGGAGACGAACAUCUGAUGGGUCUUUUAACAAUGAUUUUUGUAAAAUUCAGCAUGAGGGAUUAUAUUAAUGAAAUAAAAACGUCAUGUGUAAAAUUAGGAUUUAAGGGAUAUGUUGGGAAUAAAGGCGCGAUCUGUAUGAGAUUUGACUUAUUUGAGUCAAGCGUAUGUAUAAUUAAUUGCCACCUUGCAGCACAUAAAAAUCAAGCCAAGCUUAGGAAUGAACAAAUAAAAACAAUAUCGAAAGAAGGAAAAUUUGUAUUGAGUAGUAAAGAAUUCAGGAAUGUGUAUGAGCAUGAUUUUAUUUUUUGAGCGGGUGAUUUAAAUUAUCGACUUAAUAAUUGACUUAUAAUUUUUUCAUAAUAUUUUCUUAUAAAAAUUAUUUUUAAAGAUUAAUGAUUUUUAUAAUAAUUUGUCAACUGACAGCAUUAUCAAUAAAAUUAAUGCGAAGCAUUUUUCUGAACUACUAGAAUAUGAUCAGCUAAAUAUAGAAAAAAGAGAAAAUGAUAUAUUAGCUGAAUUUCAUGAAGGAAAAAUUGACUUUAUGCCAAGUUUUAAAUAUCGGAUUGGCACGACUAAUCAAUUUAAUACGAGCAAUAAAAGAGACCCUGCUUGAUGUGAUCGGAUAUUGUGAAGAGGUGAAGCUUUUUUAAUGCGAUAUGGGAUUUGCAAUUAUAUAAUCCAAAGCGAUCAUAAGCCAGUAUUUAGCAGUUUUAUGGUGCCAGCAAAGCAUACAGACCCUUUGCUAUUCGAACAAGUAAAAAGUGAAGUCUAUAAAACUGUUGAUGACAUGCACCAUGAGAGCAUGCCCAAGCUGAAAAUUUCAGAAAAUUUUGUCGAAAUUACUGGAGUCCGUUAUAAAACUUUACUUACAAAAGUGUUGACUUUAGAAAAUGUAGGAGCAAACAUUUUGAAAUUUGAGGUAAAGCAUAAUCGAGACUUGGGUCUCCAUAAAAGCUGGCUUGCUGUUGAGCCAGAAGAAGGUACUUUAAUUUCUCGUCAAAUAAAAGAGCUUAAACUGAACGUUUAUUUUGGAAAAAAUCAGGCGCGAAAAUUAAAUAAAAAUCCAGAGUACACUAAUUGCAUUUUUGUUUUAGGAGUCAAAGGAGGAUCUGAUUUUUUUAUAGAAAUUCAAUGCAAAAUUAACGGUUCUUGCUUUGGAGCGAGUAUCCAAAAUCUUAUAAAAAUUCCACAGCCAAUAGCAUCACUGACUUCCACUAUUAUCUAGCAAACCAUUAGAAAAAUUCCUAUUUUAAAAUUUAAACCGCUUGGUUAUCAAGUAGGAUCAAAACUAUAUAAAUUAAUAAUUGCAAUAAUGAAAUUUUUAUUAUUUACAAAUUUAGACUUUUAUAAUACAUAUGGACAAUUUUUUAUAUACUUUAAAUAUAAAUUUUUAAAGGAAAAAUUAACCCCUCUUAGUUAGCGAGCAAGAUUUUGCCCUAAUAAUGGGGAAGUGAGCGAAAAGCUGUCAACUUUUGCAGACAAAUCAACAGCAGCUAUGGAAAUACCAAAAGAAUUAGCAAGAAUGGUUGAUUUUUUGAAAUCAAAAGGAUAUCGCGAAAAAGGGAUUUUCCAAGAAGCUGGGGAUACUGAAAUAAAAAAAGAUAUUCGAUGAGCGCUUGAUACUGGAGACCCAUUUAGAGAAGAUGCAGAUAUUUUUUCUAUGUCGAAUAUAUUAUUAGAAUUUUUAGACUGUUUGGAGCAGCCUCUACUUUUACCUGACUUAGUUUCAGAAGCUUGCCAGAUUUUCCAAACAAAUUCGUUUCCUGCAGCAAGAAACUAUUUGGUGAAUAAUUUAGACCAAAUAUCAAUGAAAAAUUUUUUGUAUAUUAUAAACCAAUUAUCUAAAUCUGUCGUCAUCCAAUUUUUCUGUUCUCAAGAGCAGUGGGAAAAUUUUGAUUUUAAUUUUUUUUUACUUCGCACUUUCUCCCGAGUAAUAGCAAAUCAUUGCUUAUUUGUGGGAGGCUUUAGCACAAAAUUUUCAAAUAAUAAAUUUUUAUUAGACAUAAUGCCUAAAAUUUUCACUUUUUAACUUUAUCUGAAAAACCAAAAUAAUAAGCAAAUUUGAUCUAUUCAUAUAAAAUUUACUAUUUGGCAGUUUGUUAAAUCCCUGCCAUGAUUUAGAAAAAAUCUGCUUCUUGCUGGGGUAGGAGUUAGAAACUUUAUCCGGCUAUGGCACAAAAGAAACAGCUUACGAUGCUCAGCGUAGGACUCCUGGCAUUAGGGAAUAAAAAUUUCUGGAAGUGUGCCACCAGUCCCAGGUAUUGGUUUUCCAUAAAUAGCUCUAUAUGGCCAUUAUUCGCCCCAGGUGUUGGUCCAACUAAAAUUUAUCAAUUUGAUCCGACCAAAAAUAAAUCCCAUAAUCAAGGCCUUAUGUGACUGUUUAUGCGAAAAAUCCAUAGUUGAGACUGAGUCUUAUCAUAUUCUGCAGGCGAAAUUCUUAAGCUCGAAAUUUGGAUAUUUGCUGCUAAAAUCCGAACCCAAAGCUGAGAAGGUCAUUCAGUCUUGAGGCAAAAGUGUGCCCGACAUCUUUGGCUGAGUGACUUUUGUAGCAGAAUGGAGGCCUGGACAGAUAUGUGAUAUUGAACAUUAAGCGUUGAUUAAGUUAAGUGGGCUAGUAUAUUAUAAACCUAUUUAUUUUGAUUAUAAUAAUAAAUUAAUAAUAUAGAGAAUAUAAUUGUAUUAAUAUAUAUUUUGUCAAAAAUAAUAAAAAUUUGCAUAGAUUUUUUGAAAAAUUAUAUAGAUAACAGUUUAUACAAUGGACUCACAGCUGUGUUUUUAGCUAAACUGUUUACUGAGCCGAUAACUCAUUUUAUGGAGAUGGAAAAUGCAGGCGAAUAUAAUCCAAGUGUGAAAAUUUUGCCAACCCAAAGAAAUCAAUUAUUAUCUAUGUUUUUGUACUCAUAA